GUCACUUCCUGCCUCUGGUCACUAGUGCCGCCUCUCAAACACAAGUGUUUCCGUAUUCGGUUGAAGCACAGUUGCAACCUUUCUUUUUUGAGUGUAGAACCCGCUGAACAAACACAAUGAGUACUGAAAAGUACCCCAGAUCUUCCAUAGAAGACGACUUUAACUAUGGCACUAAUGUCGCCACUGCCAGUAUACAGAUACGUAUGGACUUCCUCAGGAAGGUGUACACACUCCUGAGCUUACAGAUCAUCCUGACUACAGCCACCUCGGCCCUCUUCAUGUUCUCUCAAACCAUCAAGGAGUUUGUCCACGCCAGUCCUGCUGUGGUGUUGGUUUCGGCUCUGGGCUCUCUGGUUGUUCUGGUAGCCUUGGCUGUGUACAGGCACCAGCAUCCAGUCAACCUCUACCUGCUGCUCGUAUUUACUCUGCUGGAAGCCGUUUCUGUGGCCACAGCUUUGACAUUCUAUGAAUACUCUACUGUACUGCAAGCCUUGUUCCUGACCUGUGCUGUGUUUGCUGGACUGACAAUCUACACCUUCCAGUCCAAGAGAGACUUCAGCAAAUUGGGAGCAGGAUUGUUUGCCUGCCUGUGGAUCCUCCUCAUUGCAAGCUUCAUGAGGUUCUUCUUCGACAGCGACACCACUGAGCUGGUCAUGUCUGGAGCGGGGGCUCUCGUCUUCUGUGGCUUCAUCAUCUACGACACCCACCUGCUGAUGAAGCAGCUCUCGCCCGAGGAGCACAUCCUGGCCUCCAUCAACCUCUACCUGGACAUUGUCAACCUCUUUCUGCACAUCUUGCGUCUACUGGAUUCUAUGAAGAAACACUGAAAGCCUCUUCGCUCAGCUCACUGUAGAGACCCAAAUAAGGGCUUGAUUACCCAUUGAUCUUUCGGGCUUGGUGUCUGCAUUACAUUCUUCGGUUAUAAUUGACCCCUUGUAUUUAGUUAUUCAGCUUUAUAGCGAUGUGGAACCUGAUGUGAUGUUUGGUGUGAUGUGAAACCAGAAUGUACUCAUGACUUUGGGAAACCGCUCUGGCACUUUAAGGCACACCACAGGGUUUGAUAAAAAGCCCAGUAGUGCCCCUAGCUGGCCUAUUUACUAUUCCAUCUGUUUUGGCUCAUUUUAGGAAGAGUGAGCUAAAGCUAAUGCAGUCCAACACACAAGUCCUGCAGUAAAUCUGAAUGCUGUUUUCAAGUAGGUUUCUCCAACAGUGUCUCUCAUUGGGAUUUCCCAUCAUUUAUCAUUCCACUCAUUUAUUCCCUAACUGAAUUUAUUGUUAAAUGUCUUCAAACAUUAGUAAUAUGUAUUCCAAUCACUGCACCCCUCUCAUGAUGCACAACUGCAAGAAGAUGACAUUAUUUUUAAUGAAGCGCAUGCCUGGGUUCAUUAAUAUGUGUGAUUGUACAUAUUUUGAUGUUGUAAAUGUAUAAGUGUACAGUUUAGUACUGCAGUUAAUACUGUGACUGUUGAACUAAUCUGAAGCAUUGGGAUAUGGUUGAAUGUUAUUACUAUUCCUAUUGAAAGAUUCAAUAAAUGGAACAUUUGGAAUGUGUUUCAGCUUUAAACUACAGUCAUGCGUGUCUUAAUGAGAUCUAAUUGAGUGUUGGUUUUGUAGUGCAAUAACAGCAGAUUUAUGUAUGUAUGAUUGACCCUUUAACUGCUUUGAACUUUGUUGUUAAAUAUUCUUUAUGGAGCUGUCACUCAUGGGAAAAUAAAGAUUGCAAUAUUUACCGAAUGGAAAAUUC